GUUCAAUACUGUGGUGUUAAAAUAUAAAAAUUCAAUGUGGUUUGAUCUACUUGGAAUCUCUUACGACAUGUGGCGCUGUUUCACUUCACCAAAAAGCGUCUAAUAAGAAGAUCGCAUAACUACGCAUCACGUCAAAAGAUAUAUAUAUUUCAAUAAACACUUCAAGAUGUGGUUGAUAAGUGUGAACAAAAAGCUACUAUUAAUGAAAAUGCAUUAUUUCCUUUACUCGGGAUGUAUAGCGACAAUUCUCAGUUUCGGUUCCACGUAUGCCAAACAAUUAGGAUACUCAAAAAUUACUGUUGGAUAUAUAAUGAUGAGUCUUUUUAUCAUAUCAAUGUUAACGAAACCAGUAGUUGGCGCCAUAGUCGACAAAUUAUCUUUAGAGACGUCCAUAGAGUUGGAAUGUGAUAAAAACAUAACAAAUGUAAAAAUAUAUUUCGACCAUACAAAUAAACUUUCAGACUGUGAUCAAAAAAUACUAAUGGGAAACAACGGAGAGAGGUUGGUCAAUUGCAAGUUAUCCUGUAAUAAUAAUGAAAUAUUAUUUUCUGAAAUGUUUACUGGGACUAAAUUGACAUCAAUAAAUGGAUUAAAUAUAAACUCUAGUAAUUUCGAAAGUCUGGAAACUAAAAUAAUCGAUUUGCCUAUAUUAAUACAUUUGUAUAAUUUCAAUACUAAACAGAAUGGUUCCUAUAAUUUUCGAGUUGGAUACGUUGAUAUAAAUCAUAGUAGAAUAAUGUCUCCAGUUUGUCAUCAUCCAACGAAAAUGCCUUGUCAAGUGUACUGUCCCAGUCCAACAAUUAUGGAAUUAGCAGCAAUACCACAAUCUCAAAAAAUGAUCAUUUCUAUGUCCGAAUUUUGGGAAUUUUUUUCAUUAUUGUGUAUAUUUUGGAUUAGCCAAUCGGGUAUAUGGGCUAUACAAGAUCCAAUUUGUUUUGAUCUCUUAGAAGAUAAACCUAAUGAUUUUGGUAAACAAAGAUGCUGGACGUCCAUCGGAUGGGGAUUUGUCACAAUGUUUAGCGGUUGGCUAGUGGAUUAUUUCAGCUACGAUAAAGUUCAAAAAGACUACACACCUUUAUCUUAUUUAAUAUUAUCGUUUAUGAUUUUGAAUAUAAUUGUUGCUUCCAACAUCUCAGUCGUUGAGUUCAAAGUUUCACAAAACACGUUCCAUAAUGUUUUUAAAUUAUUUGCAAAACUUCACGUUAUAAGUUUUUUUGCUUGGAUCCUAAUUCUGGGCAUUUACAGCUCAAUGACAAUGAGUUAUCUUUUUUGGUACCUAGAAGACUUGGCUUCAGAAUACCAAUGUAACCAAGUAGCAUGGAUAAAAACACUACAGGGCUUUUCUCAAGGCCUUCAAAGUUUCGGCGGCGAAAUGCCGAUAUUUUUCUGUUCUGGUUGGAUAAUAAAACAUAUAGGUCAUAAACACUGCAUGUCACUAGUUUUGUUUGCAUUUACUGUUAGAUUUUUUUUUUAUUCUGUCAUGACGAAUCCCAUCUGGGUGCUGUUGAUAGAAAUCCUAAACGGCAUGGCAUACGCAUUAGGCCGUGCAGUGAUGGUAUCAUACUCCAGAAGGAUUUCGCCACCUAGUGCACAUCACACAGUUUUAGGAUUAGUGGGACUAUUCGAUUGCAUUGGUUUAUCAUUUGGUGGUGUGUUAGCUUCACAUAUAUAUGACUUUUACGGAGGAGUGUGGUUAUUCAGAUUAUUUACAUAUGGUUCAGCUGUGAUGUGUGUUUUACAAAUUAUCUACAAUUUGUUAACAAAGUCAAAUGAAAAGACUAUACAUUAUUAAAACAUUUAAUUAUUUUUUGGUUUUUUAUUAUAACUAUUUUUAUAAGAUGUUUUUAUUAUAUAGAAAUACAGAAUUCAUUAAAAGGGGCUACUUAACAGAUUAUGUUUAAUUAAUUAAGAAUUGAUAUUCUACCAAGAAUAAUUUAUUAAUUUAUUCUAUUAGAUUGAUCACCAUUGAAUAAUCUUCCGCCGUUAUAUAAUUUUUUACAAUUUUUUUUGUUUAAUGCCUGUCUUUUGGUAUAGGAUUUUAACCGUCUUGUUCAUCUGUCUGCCUUUCCUAAAAACUAAUUAUUAU